AGUGAGAAAAUGGCGCAGACCACACCGAACCUGCCGGCUUUAUAUGCUGAAUUGAAAAAGUUUGGACAGAAUCAGGAAUUCGAAAAGGCACUGAAGUUCUCAAACAAAAUUUUACAAGAAGAUGCUGGGGAGAGUGCAGCCUUUCACUGUAAAAUUGUGUGUCUCAGUAAGCUGGACAGAUUUGAUGAAGCUUUGACAGCACUUCACAAAGCCAAGGCACAUGCAAGUGGUCUGAAGUUUGAGAAAGCAUAUUGUGAGUACCGUCUUAAUCGGACAAUGGAAGCAUUAUCAACACUGAGGAGUGUGGAGAAACCUGACAACAGGACUAAUGAACUAUUGGCACAAGUGCUCUACAGAUUGGAACAGUAUGAGGAGUGCUACCAACUCUACAAAAACCUUAUUCAGAAUUCUGAGGAUGAGUAUGAUGAGGAAAGGGAGACAAAUCUGUCAGCAGUACUAGCAUCUCGUCAGUUAUGGGAUGAAGUAGAUAUGGAUGAUCCUGGACUUCAGGAGGAGUCGUAUGAAAUGUGUUAUAACAUGGCCUGUUAUCUCAUUGGUCGCAAAGAUUUUCAUGGUGCAGAGAAAAAACUGAGAAAAGCAGAAGUGUACUGCAGAAAAAUGUUUGAGGAUGACUCCGAGGCCACAGAGGAAGAAAUUCAGGAUGAACUUGCUAUCAUCAGAGUACAGCUGGCAUUUGUCCUACAGAAACUACAGCGAACAGAGGAAGCUCUUGGUAUCUACAAUCAGGUUAUGAAACACAAACCCUCUGAUGCAGGCAUUUCAGCAGUUGCUUCUAAUAAUAUUGUCACUCUCAAUAAGGAUCAGAACGUGUUUGACUCAAAGAAGAAAAUGAAGUCGGCCACAUCAGAUAGCUUGAAACAUAAGCUGACCAGCAAACAAAGACAGAGUAUCAACAUAAACCAGUGUCUGCUCCAUCUUCAUACAAACCAGGCUGAUCAAUGCCACAGCCUUGCUGCCAAGUUGAAGACUCAGUUCCCUGAACUGCCGACCCCUGUACUGGUGGAUGCUGCUCAGUAUGUUAAAGAUAAGGACUACAAACGUGCCAUCCAGCUCAUGCAGGACUACACAAAGGUUCAUCCAGGACAGGCUGUAAAAAUACAGCUGGCUUCAGCUCAGAUCCACCUGGUUCACGGUGAAGUAUACCAAGCUUGUGAUGCCCUGAAGUCCAUCGGUGACCUCCAAUACAGACCAGGGGUGGUAUCAGCACUUGUUACUUUGUACGUGAGUCAAGAAGAUAAUGAUUCUGCGUCAGAAGUCCUAGACCGCACUGUAAAGUGGUACCAGAAAAACCAGGCAAACAGUGCAGACCAUCUUCUGAUGACUCGAGCCAAUGCAAAUUUUCAACUGAAGAAUGGCAAUCCUCGACAGGCUGCUGCCAUGCUAGAGGAUCUCAGAAGAUCUCAGCCAAAUGAUCCACAUACACUUGCUCAACUCAUCUCGGCAUACUCUCAGUUUGAUCCAGAAAAGGCACAACUUAUUAGUCAUGACCUGCCAUCGGUGAAGACAUUGGCCCAAAAUGUGGACGUUGACGCUGUGGAGGCGGCCUUUAGUACAUUAGGACCCAAAUACAUGAAAAGAGUACAAAAGACUGACACUCAGCCAUCACCUGGACCGUCGGGUGACAUGAUUAUCCAAAAGGCGAAGAGGAAGAAGAGAAAGAAGGGAAAACUGCCUAAGAAUCUUGAUGCAGAACAGGAUCCUGAAAGAUGGCUGCCCAGAAGGGAGCGUUCUUAUUACAGGGGCAAAAGGAAGGACAAGAAGAAGGAUAUAGGUAAAGGAACACAAGGCAGUGCUUCUCUACCUUCAGGGGACAUGGAUGCUAGUAAAGGAGGUUCUGGGAGUGAAGCGAGUUCCCCGAGGCCAGGAUCUGCUCCAUCCCCUAUUGCCAGUGCUGCAGCAGCCUUGCCCCAGGGGCCUCGACAACAGAAACCUGCUCAGGCUCAAAAGAAGAAGAAGAAGAAAGGAAGCAAAUGGUGAUCUGAAGAUGUUCUGAAAGAAAAAAGACAAACACAAACUUGUUUUUCAGUUCUUAAAACCUAGUGAUUAUUUCUGCAAAUUAAUUUCUUCCCCUAAUUCAUGGUCUUACAUAUCUUUGAUAAUAUGCUUAUUUGUUAAUUAAGCAACUGUUAAAACAAUUGGUUGUUUACUGUAAAAUCAAUCAUUUUCAAAAGAGAAUCAUUUUCCUUGAUUCACAGGUACUCUUAAUCCAUGCACUCGUAAUUAUUAUGUCUACUCUAUGUUCAUAUUGGUGCAACAAUAUUUAUUGAGCUGUGUUUAUCCACGAAAUCAAGUGUCCACAAACUAACAAUUUAAAAAAAGCAUGAAAAUUAAGCCUUGUGAAACUUUUUGAUUAUACAGUAUGUUAUCACAGCUACCUGGCACAUAUCCCCAAAAUUCUCAUCUGUGUGUGUUUGAAAUGGAGAGUAUAUGGACUGUAAAAUUGGUGAUUGAUGUCAAGUCCAUGCCUUUGUAAUUGCCUAGUCAUCAGAAUGAUUUUAGAUCAAACUAUUGGAUGCUAAUAUCUUGAUAAAAGUAUCUGUUCCGAUACCGUUGUUUAGAUUUAUUAGUAAGGUAUGUACAUAUUUGUGCUUGUACUGAAAUAUUCUGAAGGUGUCAAAUUAGUGCAGCAUAUUGAUUGGAAAAUAAGUUUUCUGAAAGUUUGAAUUAAGUAAUCAAAAACCAUAUUAUAAAUUGUAUUCCAAAUAUUUUCUGUUCUCACCAGAUAGUUAUCAUACUGGCUACAUUUAUACUGUGCAAGAUUUUUGUAACAUCAAUAGAUUUCACUGAAUUAAUGGCUUAUAGGAAAGUGCAAUUUCAAUGCUUCAAACAUGCAAUAGUUUUCCAGUAUGUUGAGUGAAAAAAAAAGAAACAAAAUGAUUGCGCUUUUGUGGAAGCAAAAUGUAGUAAAAUAUUUCCAACAUUA